GUGACAUUGAUUGGCUGGAGCGGUCACGUGACACAAGCGACAGCGUGGGCCAUAUCAGAGUGUGGCUGUCAGAGGGAGCACAUAAAGUUUCGCCAGCCCAUAGUGUUGGAAAAUAUUUCGAGAGGUGCUUCUACCAUAACCCAGUGGAUACUGGAAGAGAAUACCGGUAACUGGCUGCCUUGGAUGAGUGCAUCUUGGGCCAACUUCUGUUGAUCGGGAGAUAUAACAAGAGUUUUUCACUAUGUCAGUAAGCGCUCUUCUAGGAGCCUUCUCCUACACCAAGCUCACAUCGUCCUUGGACGAUGAUUGGGUGGAUCGCCUCAACCACUUGUACACCGUGGUGCUCCUGGCCGUCUUUGCUCUCUUCAUCAGUGGUGGCCAGUAUGUGGGCAACCCAAUUGAAUGCUGGACCCCAGCUCAUUUUACGGGGGCAUUUACAUCAUAUACAAAAUCCUACUGCUGGGUGAAAAAUACUUAUUACAUUCCAAUGGAUGACACCAUUCCCAUUGAGCAUCACGAGAGGGAUUCCGAAGAACUGACCUACUACCAGUGGGUUCCCAUAAUCCUGCUCUUCAUGGCUUUCCUCUUCAAGGUGCCUGCUAUCGUUUGGAGAAUGUUCAACAGCUCAUCUGGUCUUAACCUUGAUAAGAUCGUCACUAUGACUAACAACACCCAGGUCGGCGAACCAAGCAAGCGAGAAGAAACCAUUAAAUUUAUCGCCAAGUACAUGGACAGGUGGUUGGAAGCCCAUCGUCAGUAUUCAUUCAACGUAUUGGUUCGCGUCCGUCAACGUCUGUCCAAAGUUGUGUGCUUCCUGUGUGCCAAGCGUGACGGCACCUUCUUGACUGGACUGUACAUCUUUGUGAAACUCCUAUACGUCAUCAACGUCAUCUGCCAGUUCUUCAUCCUCAACGGCUUCAUGGGAGGGUGGUACAACUUAUACGGAUUUGAAGUCAUCAGUGGACUUGCAAAUGAUAUGACGUGGAAGGAGUCUCCCCGCUUCCCCAAGGUCACCCUGUGUGAUUUCGACAUCCGCCAACUCCAGAACAUCCAACGGUACACUGUCCAAUGCGUCCUGCCAAUCAACCUCUUCAACGAAAAGAUCUUCAUCUUCCUUUGGUUCUGGUUCGUCCUGGUUGCUGUCCUCACCGUAGGCAACUUCCUGUUCUGGAUCUGGCGCGCUCUCUUCCGCGUUAACCGAGGCCGAUACGUCAAGAAAUACCUCAAGCUUCUCGACGAGCUGCACGGAGAAGAGGACAAGAGAUUUGCCCGCAAGUUUGCCGAUCAGUAUCUGCGUGAUGAUGGUAUAUUUGUCCUGAGGAUCGUAGCCAAGAACUCUAAUGACAUUCUUCUGUCCGAUCUGAUCAAGGAGCUGUGGAAAACCUACAAGGACAAGCCAAUGAUCAAGAAAUCAAUGGAUGAAUUCAACGAAACACAUGCUUAAACUUCCCGAAGCUAACAUUUGCAUCAGUUGAUAGACAAUCUACUGUCUAGUGGUAAAUUCAUUUGUUUCUGGAACUUGCUUGGCUUUUGGCUGACUGUCGGCUCAAAGCCGUUUGGGAAUCAGUGGCAUUAGGUGUUGCUUGAGUCUUCUGGCUCUUGGCGUUCUGGCCAUGAAAUGGUGUAGGUUAGAAAAGAAACGAACGACGCGUUUACAAUGGACAUUCCCGGAAGCAUCAGAAUGUGACGUAUAUCAUUGAAUAGAUGUACCUGAGAAAUCGACAUUCCAUCAGUUUUAUCAUCAUGUAGUUGCAAUGGUGUAUAACACGUGUUAGUCAUGCUUCUUUUGUUCGAUUUUCGGAGACCUGUAUCCAGCCAGAGAUAGGUAUUUUUGUACAUAUUUCCGACCAAGAAAAUGUGAUUAUAUUUACCUUUGAUUUAAUUUGAACACUAUUUUUUAGAAUAGUUCAUGUUAUUUAGAUUAGGAAUAAAACUAGGAGGCGUGGGUUAGGAACUCAUUUGCAAUUUCAAUGAUCUCUGUAAGAAACGUCAGUUGUCACAAAUAAUCAAAAUGUUUCUAGUCUGAAAUUAUUUCUCAUUUCAAUGUUUUAGAUAUUGCUUUAGAUCAGCCAUUCUUUCUUUUUGUGUGUGGUUUGCUGACAAACAACAAGAUCACAAAGUCUUCCUUCGGUUUUGUAUAUUUACAUUAUGCAUGUAUUUGGUCAGCAGCUUUGUACAAAAGGAAAUUUUAUGGAGCGACUACCUUGUACUUUCUAUUAACAUGGCAUUUCACGAAGAUAAUCGGUCUCGAUUGGUUGUACAUAUAUAAAUAUAUAACUAUGACAAGUAAGUACUUAAACCUGCCAGACCGACACAAGUCUUCCGUGCUCAAAGAAAACCGGCCAAAUGAUGUAUUAUAUUUUUCAUAAUUUUUUGGUAUUCCACGUGCCUUAAUAAUAGCAACCCGUCUACGACAUGGACAUCGAGAUAUAUUUUAUAUGAUUUUCGAAAUUUGAACCUGUACAAAGUAUAUUUUUGAUGGAUAGCAUCACCUGUGUACAAUACUGGGGGAUUUGUAUAUGCAGUAUAUGUUUGUUUAUGUGUAUGCUUAAGGGUGAAUAAUUGAAUUAAUAUAGGUAAUAGGUGAGCUUCUGAACUUGUACAAUAACAUGCAGCAUUGCACCCGCACCACUGGGCUUUCCAUACUGCUGUUUGUACAUUCGCCUGGUUUAUUUAUUUCUGAUUAUUUGCCAUUUUUCAGCAUUUCAAGUUUACAAAUGAGCUCAUUAAUUGACAAGACAUCAUGUGUAUUACUAGUCCCUACAUACGUUGGCCACCAUAUCAUGUAUACACCUGGUUAUCAAUAAAACUACUUUCCGAUUAUUGCAUUGUAUUAUUUCAACCCAGAGAUCAGAAAGUUAUCCAUAAAUUGUGUCUACUUUGUAAGUUUCAUUUUGCUGUAAAAGUGUAUUUGCCAAUCAAACAGUUUUUGAAUGCACAUUUUGUUUUUGAUUUGAAAAUAAAUAAAAAGGACCCCACUCAAUACAAAGGGGCGGUUAACCUUUAACGAUAUGCUUAUUUAAAUUGUGUUAAUGGAAUGGAAACAAUGAGAUCUCCCCUGUCCCAAACAAGUUAACCUAGAAUUUUCAAGAUGUAUACGUUAACAGUAAUAAUGUUAACAUACAUGUGAAUGUAUGUAUCAGUAUGCAUGUGGAGAUUGUGUUCUUUGAAAUAAAUAUUUUAUAUGAAA